AUGAGAUCUGGGAGUCUUGAUGAAAUGGAACUAAAAGUCCUUGGCAUGCUUUUUCCCGAAUUAUUUAGAAAUCGCCUAGAAAGCCUAAAACAAGAAGUUAUAGCGCAAUCUGGGAUUUCUGAGAUAAGAAUUGAUAUCUCCAAAUGUUUCUCUGAUGCUAUUGAAGUCUUUAUAACUGGUGGAAACAAUGAAAUUAUUUCAGCAUGCAACAUUAUUUUUGAAAGCUUUAUAUCAGAUCCAUUCAGCAGAGCACGUAUGGAUAUACUUAUUCCCGAACAAAAUGCAGGCAAAAUUAUUGGCUUUAAAGGGAAAAAUAUAACUAAGCUUUGCAGAAAUACUAGAGCAAACAUAAAUAUUAGCAAAUAUUCCUCUACAUUAAGAGUAGGCAAUAUUGAAGGGACGCUUGAGAUGAUUCUUAAAGCAGUAAAACAAAUAUUUUAUUCAAUUUAUGAUAUCCCUGAUAACUCAGAAAAUUUAGAUGAGUCUUUUCAUUCAACUCAGUCUAACCCAGGAGCUCCAAGGGUGAUUAUGAAAAAAGUAUGUUGUUUGAGGGCAAAAACUGUCCAUAUACUUUUUAUGCAUGAUUAUUAAAAAUUUCGAAUUUUUUAUAUUAAAAAAGGCUAUUAAAAACACAGUGCACUUUUUUCAAAAUUACCCAGCUCCAAAACCUCCAUCACAAAAGAACAAAAAGAAAAACUUCGAAAAAAGAGUAGAGAGGGAAACAGUAGAAGAAAUAACGAAAAUGAUAACAGUUCCUCAAAAUAUGGUAGGAUGGCUUUUAGGAAGACAUAUGGUAGGGCUUCAGAAGCUAAAAGAGCUGUCUGAAUGCGAUAUUACUCUACAGUAUAAGUUAGGAAUUAGCUAUUUAAAAAGAUUAAAAAGAUUAAAAAAAUUAUCGAUGAAAAUUAUUAAUAUUAUUGUACUUGAUUCUGCAUGUGUUGGCAUUAAUACAGAAGCAGAAGAAAUGAGAUUCUUUCAAGUAAAAGGACUUCCUAAAAAAGUAGAUAUUGCCAUUGAACUAAUAAAAGCGGAGACUAACAAAUUUAAGCUAAAAGAAAUUCAAAAAGAGUCAAAAUCAAAUAGUAAAAACCAAAUGAAAAAUAAAGAAAAAGAUGCUAGUGGGCCAGAAGAUGAAGAAAAGAAAAAUGAGACUGAAAAUGUUACUGAGAAAAAGUGGAAAAAGAAAAAUAAAAAUAAAUAUACUAAAAAAGAGAUCAAGGAAGAACAAAAAAAUAUUCCGCUUAUAGAAGAUUUUACAAAGCUUAAUAUCCCAAGAAAUCAAAAAGCUGUCUCUCUCGUCAUUGGACAAACAGGAUCUGGAAAAUCCACAUUUAUCAACUAUCUCACCAACUUUUUCAGAAAAGGGACACUCGAAAAUAAAAAAAUAGCAAUCCCAACAAAAACUUUUCCAAACCAAACCGAAAGAGAUUUCAAUCACACAGAAAGACUGCUAAGUUCAGAUCAUUCCCAAACCAAUAAUUGCUGUGCAUAUAAUUUUAAGGAUCUUGAAAGUUCAAGCACUUUCACCUUUAUUGACACUCCUGGUAUAGGUGAUACUCGAGGUGUCGAUCAAGAUGACGAAAAUAUCCAAAAAAUAAUAAAAGAAGUAGUAAAUUAUCCAGAUAUCAAUGCAAUUAUUAUUGUUCAAAAUGGCAGUGAAGCUAGAAACACUGCAAGCGUUAAAUACACCCUGAACAAGCUCAGAAACUCUCUUCCGUCACUUGUUGAAAAAAAUGUAAUUCUUGUAGUUCAAAUUUUAAUGAAGGGUCUUUACAGAUUGUCCCAAGAAAAAAAAUUAUGAUGGACAAUAACGCGUUUAAUGUCGAAAAUUUCCAAAAUCUUGAUGAAUUUCAACGAAGCCAUUUGCAAUUGAGCUGAAACAGUUCUAUGGGAAAAAUCAAAGAGCUAG